AAGGCAGUCAAGGCCUUCAAUUGCGGGAUGGAUGAACAUUCUGCCUCUAAUUAUUUGAGAAAAAAAAAAAUCCGCGACUUUGCCUUUGUCUCGGUAACGGAGAAAACAGAAGAAAUUAAAAGCAGCUCGAAGAAUUGCUCGAAGAAUUGCACCAGAAAAAGAGAACAUGGAGUCCACUCUCGCCGACUGGCUCAAGGCAGGGCGAUACCUUGACGUUCUGCUGAGCGAGCCGGCGGAUCUUGUUAUCGCCGAGUUUGUCAGAACUCUUCAAACCGAGACACCAACGGCAGGACAAGACCAGAGCGACGGUUCGACUGUUGAGCAGAAGGCGAGCGAAGGCGCAACGGCCUCGGUGUCGGCGCGGGAUCGUCUUGCUGUUGCCCUGGCGGCGCUGAAUGCGUUCCUCCAGGGGAAUGUCACCGGCCCGGUGUUGGAGGAGGGAAGGUUGGAAAGGUUGCAGCAGCGGUUCUGCAGUGCCUCAGGGUCCCAUGUCACUGCCGGAGGACAAACGGCUGUGAGGAAGGCGUGUCUGCGGUCGCUGGACGUCGAUGGCGUGUCGGUUUACGAACACGCGCCCAUGGUCGAGGUCUUCUGCCUCGCGAGGCAUCUUCUCACCAGCGAGCAGGGCGUGGUAGACGGGGCAGGUCUUGGGGAAGGGGCAGAAAGGUCUGCCAAGUGGCUCGCCCUCCGAGUGCACGUCUGGCAUUACAAGCUCCUGACGCAGCCCAGUUUGGGCCCGGGGUCCGUCUUCAACAAGGCGUCGCAAUGGUGUGAUGUGCCCAGCCUGCGAGACACCAUCGAGAAGGGCCUGGAGGACCUGACGGGAGAGAUACUACUGGACGGCAGAGGAGACUGGAGCGGGUUGCAGCAGGUGCAGUUCUUGGUGGAGAAGGCGAAUGUGUGCAUCAUGCUGGGGCAAGACGGGAAAGCGAAGGAGGCGCUGGAUAGGGCGUCCGAGCUGAGCGGCUUUGUCUACGCCCUGUCUGGUGCUCUCGGCAAGAGGACCCGGUUUCAGGAGAAGAGCACCAGCCAGCUUGUGGUGUUGGCGAAGAGCGGGGAGGGGCUCAAGGCGGACGGUGAGCAGGCCAAACCGCAAGCACUCGCGCUCAACGACGACACGCUGCUGGAGGAUGUCGAGUUCACCAAGGAGGAGAAGCCGCAAGACGGCGAGGGGGACCAAAAGGCCGAACUGCCGGCUCCGUUGAGGGACCUCGCGCCCGACGAGCAACCGCAAUUGUCGCCCUUGGAUCAGAUCAUCCUGCUUGCCGAAGCCACUCUGAAGGACGCCUUCUCUCCGGCGGACAGCCUGACAUCGGAGGAGGUCUUGCCGUUUGCCGUCCGCGUCAUCUCAGACAAGGCAACCAACUGGCAGAUCUACACGCACGCUCUUCUGGUCCGUUCGAGGAUCGAGGUGCACCGGAGCAGGACAGUGGAGAGGGGUGUGCUACAGAUGCAAGCUCUCGUCGAUCAAGUCAUUGUCGACACGACCCAGCCAGCCGAGGAAGCUACGGACGCAAAAGAGCCAGAGACCGCCGUCCCGGAGAUCCAGAUCACAACAGACAGGGAGGAAGCGUCGAAGCCCGCCAACAAGCCGGUGUCCUUCUUCCCCGCCCCAAAGCCAACCGAGUCAGCACCGGCGCGGGUCCGUCUAGAACAUAUCCACGCCCUGAGCUCGCCGCCCAGGUGGCAUCUUGAGUCAGAGCUUGCCUACGCGUGGGCUGGUGUCGGGUCGCUGGUCUCGGCCCUCGAGAUCUUCAAGCGCCUCCGCCUAUGGGCCGAGGUUGCGCUUUGCUUUGCCAGCAAUGCGGCCAAGGACGAUGAGGACGGACGCGGAAGCAACGGCGAGGCAAAGGCUAAAGCGGUUGUUCGAUGGCGGUUGUUCCAUAGGACCACCGGGAUGCCGGCAGAGCAUCAAGCCCCUUCGGGGGAGGCAGAUGAUGAGGAAGUGGAUGUGGAGGAGCUGAAGGAGGCUGAUUACCACGGCCCUGAACGUCAACCGCCGCCGCCAAGCGCGCCGCGUUUGUGGUGCAUCUUGGGAGACCUCGAAAAUGAUCCUACACAUUACGAGCGCGCCUGGGAGAUUUCCAACCACCGCUUUGCGAGAGCACAGAAGUCGCUGGGCGAGUACUACCUGCAGCAGAAGAACCUGGAACGGGCACGAGACGCCUACAGAAAGGCCGUUGCCGUCAACCGCCUGAGUUCCGAACUGUGGAACCGCAUGGGCGACAUCAGCCUUCGCCUCGGCGACUUCUCGGAGGCCGCGGAGGCUUACCGUAGAGCUAUCGCCUGUUCGGAUAACAUUGCUGGCGGCGAGGACGCCCGCACCUGGAGCAACCUGGGCAGUGCCCUCUACAGCCUCUACGUGGAACGAAUCAAAGAGCUGAAGCAGCAGACGGAGAGCGGCGAGGCCGACGAGAGGAUCACAAACGUCACUACAACAGAGGAGGACGACGGACAGGACGAAGACGACGACAACGCCGACGUCACCUCCGCGGCCGGCCAACCCUCCCAGCGCAGCAGCAGGGCCGACCCGUCAACGCUCCUGGCGCAAUCCCUGGCCGCCUACAAGCGGGGCGCCAACAUUGCGCAGGACAACUGGCGCAUCUGGGACAACGUCAUCACGCUCGCCGCCCGCCUCCGGCCCGUGCCCAUCCGCGACCUGCUCCAGGCCCUGCGCCAGAUCGUGCGCAUCCGCAAGACCGAGGACGCCCUGGACAUUGACAUCCUGCGGCUGCUGCUCAACGAGGGCUUGCUCUCGCGAGAGAAGGACAAGAAUGCCACCGCCGCCACCACCACCACCAAGCCGACCUGCCAAGGCCAACGAGACGACGGGGCGGCGGCAGUGUAUGAGCCGCCGCGAGGGUCGACCGAGAGGGCGGUGUGCGACUUCUUGGAGAGCACGCUGGUGCCCCUCGUGACGGCGCGGUCGGAGCUCUGGGAGCUGGUCACGCGGGAGAGGGUGUGGAGGGAAGACUACGCUGGCGCGGUGGACGCUGCGGAGCGGGCGUGGCGCGCGGCCGUUGGCUCCUCUGGGGGAGGAGGCCUGCUGUACUCUGGUGGUGCUGGCGGCGGCGGCGGCAGCAACGGGGAUGCCAAGGGAGGAAGGAAGAACUGGUUGGAGGACCGGGAAGAGUGGAGGGUGGUGGUGGACCGGACGGAUGACCUCGUAUCCAUGCUCGAGAACUACGGUGAGGCUGUGCCCGAGAUUGGCGCGCGUUGGAAGGGCAAGGCCAGGAGCGCGGUGCGCAGCGUCAUGGGCAAGGCCAAGGAGAACUGGGAGGGUACGGAGGAAUGGGAUAGGCUGGUGGCAUUGCUGGAAGGGCUCAGGUGAAGGACCAUGUUCUUGUCGUCGGGUGCCUCUCUGCCUCGCGGCCUCCCACCCCACCCCUCCCCCCCUUUUUUUUUGCUUGGGGCCUCUCUAUACCAAUUUUCUCCUCGUUCUUUUCACUAUCAUUCCAUAUUGGUUUUUUUUUGUUUGUUUGAUUUUCAGUACGUCUAUUAGAACAAAAAAAAAGAUAGAGUGAUCAAGUUGCGGCUGGGCGGGUAUGUGCUGGUAUGCUGGAUUGUUGGGGUUCCCAUAGCGGGGGGGUUGGGGGAAGGAGGAACAAUGAUCGGACCAAUACAUUUGGUUCCAAGCGGCUGCAAUUCAAAAAGACGAGCACCCAAAUGCUCAUGAGACCCCAAGAACCUUGCCUUGC